AUGAUGGCUGAAAGUGUGAGUGAGAAGAAGAUGAGGAAGAAGAAGCGUGGUUCAAGUAACAAAGAAGGCAGAUUGACCAAGUCAUGGCCAUGUCUUCCACCACAGCUUGUCAACUUAUUAAGCCAAAAGGACUCAACUAUAAUGCAAAACAUGAGUUUUCAAGGUGUGUCCAAGUCAUGGAGGUCAGCACAAGGCAAUGCGAUCCCAAGAGUCAUCUUAAUCCCAGACUUCUACACUUAUUCCCUCAAAAAUUGGCAAACCACACCCUUCACAAAUAACUUCUUCUGGGACCCAAGGAAGCAACAUCAUCAGAAUUCAUCACACCGCCUUGUUGGGUCCACAAAUGGCUUACUCAUUGCCAAAGCAUCUCACAAUCCUCUUCAAUAUUGUGUGUGGGACCCAAUUAGGAGCCUCAAGUUGGACCUACCACAGUGGGAUGCCAAUGUUCCAUUUAAAUGUGCAGCCUUGUCCUCAGCAGAGGAAGAUAAAUGUCAUGGGAAAUCUCUCACAGUAAUGGUCUUAACUGGUAUGAACCAUCCAGCUUUCUUGUUCUACAAGAUACAAGGAGGCAGUGAAUAUGCUUGGGUAAAACAAGAUUGCACAAUUACUGACCCUCAACCCCAUUAG